GUUAUGAAUUUCGGAAUCAGCGAGACCGGCUGGGAACUGGAAUUGAAUUGAUAAGAGUACGGACGAGCUCCGAAACCCCGACACGAUAGAUAUUUGCUUUAGUCUUCGAAGUCGAUUCAUACGAUACAGUAGCAUUGAGCGCGCAAAUAUUGAGGGCUGCCAACGAAAACCCGUGCCUUUGGAGACCUCAUGUCACCCUACUCGCAUUCUCCAAGCCGCGUGCUUGCAACGACACUCUCCUCGCUCACGCUCAUUACGCAUACACUCGUCGUGUUCUUCGCGUUGCAUAUACAUAACUCCGUACUCCCCCUAGAUUAUCAUUUCUUUCCGAGUUCGGGGUUUGAGUUAUACAAUGUUUUGGCAGCGGGUGGGAGUGCGCUGGGUGUGUUUGGCGCGCUGAGGAUGGACACACUCUUAGUGUCAGCUUACACAACCGUGCAUGCUACAACGCUCCUGAUCAGUACGCUCGCGCUGUUUGAUCUCGUCUUGCCUUUUGAGACUACUGCCGCCAUUCCGAUUUUUCCGAGUAUGCGGCUUGGUUUUGUGGACAUGUGUAGUGAGCAUGAUGGGUUUGGGUGGGAUGCGCAAUGGGUUGAUCAGUGUCGGAUGAGCUUUGCGGUUAUGAAGGCGGUGGCUGUUGGUGUAGGGUUGGUGUUGGUGGGAAUCCAAUGGUGGGCUGUUGGGAAGGUUUGGCGCUGGGGAAGAGGGCUCAGGCGGGAAGAGCCUAAGAGAAGGGAGAUGGGAAGAGAUGUCGAGAAGGUUGUAGUGGAUGAGAAAGUAGACAUGUUAGAAACAGGUGAAGAUGUAGGAGAUGGCCUAUGGUCUAGGGUAUAGACUUAAGAAUACAUAAAGUAAAGUUUACC